CGCCCAUCAUGUGACGGCGGCUCCGAGGGGAAGCGGCGGCGGCGGAGCCGUGCGGGGCGCGCCGGGGGCGCCGACAGGCCCGCGGAGGUGGCGGCGGCAGCAGCGCCGGGCGGGCCCCAGCCAUGGCCGACGACCUGAAGCGGUUCCUGUACAAGAAGCUGCCGAGUGUUGAAGGUCUUCAUGCUAUUGUGGUCUCAGACAGAGACGGUGUGCCUGUUAUCAAAGUUGCCAAUGAUAAUGCUCCAGAACAUGCACUGCGACCUGGCUUUCUGUCCACCUUUGCCCUCGCCACAGAUCAGGGCAGUAAAUUAGGACUUUCUAAAAACAAAAGUAUCAUCUGCUACUACAAUACAUACCAGGUGGUGCAGUUCAAUCGCUUGCCUUUGGUAGUGAGUUUCAUUGCUAGCAGCAAUGCCAAUACCGGGCUGAUUGUAAGUUUAGAGAAGGAGCUCACUCCCCUGUUUGAAGAACUGAGGCAGGUCGUUGAAGUUUCUUAAUCUGAUGGUAUAGCCAGAGUGCAGCAUUCCUCUGCAGCACAGUGGACAGAAGGAUUCAAUAAUCGUCAGUCAAAUAACACGUCUCAGAAGAAAUAUCACAGCUCCUUAGUAUACUAAGUAAGAGUAAAUUGUACAUAGUACUGAAUCUGAAAUGAUCUACUAGUGUGUUGUAGGUGGAUGUUACUUUAGGCCGUGCUUCUUGUAUUGUGCAGUACUGGAGAGACCACCAAAAUAGCUCCCAUGGAGUUUAGCUGAGCCGGAUCAGCACGACGCUGUUGGCUCAGACGAGCAACCCACAGAUCCUUUGCUUUACAGGGAACCAGGCACACGGCAGGGUGUAUCCUCAGGCCGGCCACCGCUACUUGUUGGAGAGAGCAGAUCAGUUGUGUAGUGUGAUCAAGGACGUGGUAGAAAGCAUAUUGGGAGAGCAGGUUUAUCAGCAGCGAUGUGUCGGUACAAUCAGUAAACAUCCCUUCCUUUUCUUGCCUGCUUUGGCAAGGGAGUGCUACUAAUCUGGAUGCUAGCUGCAUCCUGCUUCCACUAAGAAGAAAGCUGUUUCUAUGGAAGCUGUUGCUUUAGGGGGUUUCCUGAUGCCCAGCUGAAAGCACCCAAACCAUGUCUCACUUCUUCAUAGGUUUUUUUGUGUAAUAUGGUUGUGAAGAUCUCAUGUCUCAGUCUUUGUGUGGCUUCAUCACCGGUGACACUCUCAGCUCAUUUACCCUUAGGUUUUCUUAAGUAAAUAAAUCUAAAUAAAAUACAGUAUUUUUAAAUGACA